AUGGAGUCUAUCUCGCCUUUUGUUUCCACCAGCCCUGCGGUGCGGUAUGCUCCACCAUGGCAGGACUUAAGCAUCAUCGGUAUCGCUGGUAGCUCUGGCUCUGGCAAGACCUCUGUGGCCAUGGAGAUUGUCAAGUCUUUGAACCUACCCUGGGUGGUGAUCCUUGUAAUGGAUUCAUUCUAUAAGACUUUAUCAUCCGAGGAGCACCACAAAGCGCAUGCGAACGAAUAUGAUUUUGACUGCCCGGAUUCGAUCGACUUUGAUCUUCUUGUACAGACUCUGCGGGAUCUCAAGAAAGGAAAGAAAGCCAACAUCCCGGUCUACUCGUUCGCUGAUCAUCAGCGCCAGUCCACCACAACCACUCUUUACUCGCCCCGGGUGAUUAUUCUGGAGGGUAUUCUGGCGCUUCACGAUCCUAGAAUCGUUGAGAUGUUGGAUGUGAAGAUUUUCGUUGAAGCCGACAUGGAUGUGUGCCUAGGACGCCGAGUCCUUCGUGAUGUCCGUGAGCGUGGUCGGGACAUUGAAGGAAUCAUUAAGCAGUGGUUCGCUUUUGUGAAGCCAUCCUACACCCGAUAUGUGGAGCCUCAACGUCCCAUUUCAGACAUUAUUAUCCCACGUGGUAUUGAGAACAAGACCGCCAUUGACAUGGUGGUGAAACACAUUCAACGCAAGCUUCAAGAUAAAUCCGAUAAGCACACUGAAGAACUGAACAAGCUGGGUCUGAUUGCGGCAAAGGUUGAAUUACCUUCCAAUGUGCAUGUUCUGCCUGCCACACCGCAGCUCAUCGGUAUGAAUACUAUUUUGCAAAACCCAGCAACCGAGCAGGAGGAUUUCAUCUUCUAUUUUGAUCGACUAGCAUCAAUCUUGAUUGAGAAGUAUGAUUUCCAUACCCCGGAACUGUAUAUCAUUCUAACAAACACUGUUGCCAGAGCCUUGGAUAUGACCUUGUAUGUCUCUGCGAAUGUGGAAACACCACAAGGAAACCCAUACAUGGGCUUGCACCCCAAGGGCACUGUAUCCGCUGUCGCUAUCCUGCGAGGAGGUUCCUGUAUUGAGACUGCCCUCAAGCGAUCUAUUCCCGACUGUGUCACUGGUCGCGUGCUCAUUCAAACCAAUGAGUGCAGUGGAGAGCCAGAGUUGCAUUACCUGAAACUCCCACCGCAGCUUGAAGAACAUGCCACAGUUAUCCUUAUGGACUCGCAAAUGUCCAGUGGAGGUGCUGCACUUAUGGCCGUUCGCGUGCUUCUUGAUCACGGAGUGAAGCAAGACAGAAUCGUUUUCGUGACCUGCGCAGCAGGUGAGCUAGGACUCAAACGCCUGACUGCAGUUUUCCCCGAGAUACAUGUGAUUGUUGGGCGAAUUGAGGAAGAGGGAGAACCAAGAUGGAUUGAGAAGCGGUACUUUGGAUGCUAA